UCCGUGAGUCACGGCAGAGUCGUGCGUAACUGCAGAUUUCUCUCCAUUUGCGCUGAGAUUCCGAGGACCACUGAUGUUUAACGCUCACUUGCAAGGACACUGAUCGAGAUCGACAUAUUUAUCUUGUGAAACAUCCCACAGCUCGUCUUCUCUCCCUCCCUCCCUGCUCUCUGCACCAGUCGUACGUCAGACAUGACGACCGAGACCCCUCAGCAACAGCUGGACCCUCCGCCUCCUUUGAGAUCCAGCCCCGGGUCUAGCGUAUUGCACCCCGCCAUGCUGAGCCCACAAGCCGCUGCAGAAGCGUCGUCCUCUGUCGUCAAAGGGAAAAAGACAAGUUCUGUUUUAAGGCGACCGGAAAAACCUCCAUACUCUUACAUUGCCCUCAUUGUUAUGGCAAUUCAGAGCUCCCCCACCAAACGACUGACUCUCAGUGAGAUCUACCAGUUUCUCCAGACUCGCUUCCCGUUCUUCAGGGGCUCAUAUCAGGGAUGGAAGAACUCAGUCCGGCAUAAUCUCUCUCUCAACGAGUGCUUCAUCAAGCUGCCUAAAGGGCUGGGGAGGCCGGGGAAAGGCCAUUACUGGACCAUCGACCCGGGCAGUGAGUUCAUGUUCGAAGAAGGCUCGUUUCGUCGCAGACCCAGAGGUUUCAGGAGAAAAUGCCAAGCUCUGAAACCCAUGUAUCGGAUGAUGAACGGAAUAGGCUUCGGCGCAUCCAUUCUCCCGCAGAGUUUUGAUUUCCAGGCUCCAUCUGCAACCAUCGCCUGUCACAGUAACAGCCUGGAUAUGAGCAAUUCGAUGGCCGGGGGAUACGAAGGUCUCAACGGCGGCCACCACGUAUCACACAUGUCACCGAGCCCCGGUUCUCCGUACAUGGCGAGCUGUCCCGUGCCGCCUAACGGGGAAUAUGGACCGGACAGCAGCAGCAGCAGCAGCCCCGUACCGUCCUCUCCUGCCAUGGCCAGCGCGCUGGACUGCCACUCCCCGUACGCUGGUACGUCGGCACACUGGGCAUCUUCCGGCGGGUCCCCGUACAUCAAGCAGCAGCCUCUCGGCUCCAGCAGUGCCGCAUCCUCUAGUUUACACUCCGGUAUGUCGCCUUAUUCCCUGGAGCAGAGUUACCUUCACCACAGCGGCAGAGACAGCAACUCCACCGACUUAUCAGUGGGGAUUUCACGGUAUCAGAGCCACUCGUCGGUGUGCGACAGGAAAGAUUUCUUGUUGAACUUUAACGGCAUUUCGUCCUUCCACCCCUCCUCCGCCAGUGGAUCUUACUACCAACACCAUCACCAUCACCGCCACCACUACCACCGUCCGCAGGGCGUGUGUCACGACAUCAAACCGUGCGUCAUGUGAGCACUUUGUGUCACCGAGGACUUUAAACCACAGAGGAAAUGAGAUGAAAGUGUAUUUUAUUUUAUUAUCAUUAUAUAUAGUUUUUAUAUAUAUAUAUACAUAUAUAAAUAUUGCUAUUAUCUGGUAGAAUUCAUACCAGGAAGGAUUUGUAUGUGCGCUCGUGCCUUCACCUCCUCCCUGCAGCCAAAGAGAAACGAUGCAUUUUGAAGGAAAUGAAGGAACACACAGAAGCCUUUAAAGAAACCACUUUGCCUGUUUGCAGUAUUUUGUCGUACAAAGUAAGUGUCAGACUUUGUUUGGUGGUAUACUUGCAAACAAACUGUAUUCUAUGUAACGGUGUUGUGUCUUAUCAGAGUAACCACACACACACACAACACAAAUUGCACUUCUUGUAUAAUCAUUUGUCAUUGUUGCAAUAAAGCUGAUAUAUAUUUCAGGCUACAGCCAGA